CGAACACAUUUAUCGGUCUUGUGCACAACUUCAGUGCACACGAAGUUGUUCGUAGCGUAAAUUAUAGACUGAUUAGAUACGAAGCAUAUUUUUUAAAUUAAAAGUCAAAACCUAGACUUAAUUUUUUCUACUAUGGCCGUAAACGGGAGAAGAUUACUGACAUCACUCACAGAACAAAUCAAUUCAACAAGAAAGUAUGGGACUGCUAAACGGGUGGUUGCCUCUAAACCUGUGGUGGAAAUGGAUGGAGAUGAAAUGACCCGCAUCAUUUGGGAAAAGAUAAAAGAAAACCUAAUAUUUCCAUAUGUGAAACUGGACUGCCUGUACUAUGACCUGGGGCUACCCCACCGUGACGCGACAAACGACCAGGUAACAAUUGACGCAGCGCACGCGAUUCUGAAGCACAAUGUUGGCAUCAAGUGCGCAACUAUCACACCUGAUGAGCAACGAGUUGAAGAGUUUAAACUCAAGAAGAUGUGGUUGAGCCCCAACGGAACCAUACGUAAUAUUCUGGGUGGUACCGUGUUCCGUGAACCCAUACUCUGCAAGAGCAUACCUCGUCUCGUGCCCGGUUGGACCCAGCCUAUUGUAAUCGGUCGUCACGCCCAUGGAGACCAGUACAAAGCCCAGGAUUUCCUUGUAUCUAAGCCCGGAAAGGUGGAACUAGUCUACACAGCGGAAGAUGGGACCGUGUCGAAGCAUCUGCUUUAUGACUUCAAAGUUCCCGGAGUUGCUAUGGGAAUGUACAACACUGACGAAUCUAUCAUGGCCUUCGCUCAUUCCAGUUUUCAGGUUGCCUUACAAAAGAAAUGGCCGUUGUAUUUGUCAACAAAGAAUACAAUUCUCAAACGCUACGACGGCCGCUUCAAGGAUAUCUUCCAAGAAAUAUAUGAAAGCACAUACAAAAAACAAUUCGAAGAUGCCAAGAUAUGGUACGAACAUCGCCUGAUCGAUGACAUGGUCGCACAAGUCAUUAAGGGAUCAGGCGGAUUUGUCUGGGCCUGCAAGAACUACGAUGGCGAUGUACAGUCAGAUAUUGUAGCGCAGGGUUAUGGCUCCCUCGGUAUGAUGACGUCAGUGCUGAUGUGCCCAGAUGGAAAGACAGUGGAAUCUGAAGCGGCCCAUGGAACUGUCACCCGCCAUUACAGAAUGCACCAACAGGGGAAACCUACAUCCACCAACCCUGUCGCCUCUAUAUAUGCUUGGACCAGGGGAUUGAUGCAUCGUGCUAAGUUGGAUGGCACGCCUGAGUUGGAGAAAUUCGCAUUAGCUUUGGAAGAGGCAUGCGUCGAAUGUAUUAAUAGCGGCAAAAUGACGAAGGAUUUGGUAAUAUGCAUCCAUGGCUUAGCUAAUACCAAGGAAGGCAUGUAUUUACACACUGAGGACUUUUUGCAAGCAAUUGCUGAGCAGCUCGAACGCAAAUUGUCAAAGUAAUAUUUUCAAUAAUAAUCAACUAUUGAAAAGAGUUAAAUGGAAUAGUGCAGUCGUCAUCUGUAAAGGCAAAAUAUUGGGAUUAUUCUAAUAGAAACACAAAUUCCUUUGUAAUAUUAAGAAGAUAGUAAAUACUCCAGCAUAAUUUAUUUAAAGUACGCUAAAACUUGGACAAAAACGACCUAAUUUUAGCAUACAUAACUUUGAACAGUUGGAAAGCAUUCUUAAGUCCAACAAUCUCAGGUUAUU